AUGGCACCAGAUCUCUUUCAAUGGGGAAUCAUUUAUGAUUCUCAGACACAGAAGCGAAUUAAAUGUAAUGUACCAACAAAAACGCCGAUAAAUCGACGAAUAGAAGGCAACUUUGAACAAGUCACAUGUGGAACAAAUUAUACAACUAUUCUUGAUUCAAAUAAUCGUGUGUAUAUCGUAGGUGACGAGCCGAAAAAUGGUCGACUUGGUCAAGGUGACGAUACAACUAUAGUGCCGACAUUGACAUUGAUCAAAGGUCAACUUCCACCGAUUGGUUUUAUUUCAUCUGGACCAUCGACAACUAUUUUAUUGACAACAGAUAAAAGAGAAUUGUGGGGUUUCGGAAAAGGUAUUGGUUAUGUUGCUAAACAAAUUCUACAAUGUGACCAAUCAAUAACUCAUUGUGCUUGUGGUGAAAACUCAAUUAUUGUUGUUAUCGAUGGUGUUCAAAUUAAAGAACGACGUUUUAAUCGAGAUAAUUUCAUAACAGAAUGGACUUGUGUUUAUCGAUUAUCUGAUCCUAAUGAUAGAAUUCAACAUAUUGAUACUGGAUCGGCUGUGAAUGGAUUUGUUAGACAACAAGGUCAUGUUUAUUUGUGGGGAUCAACUGUACCGUCUGGUAAAGUUGCAACAGAAGAAAAUUUUCGAAAUGUAACCAUUAAUGAGCCAAUAAAAAAAGAUUUAAAUCUUGAUAACGACCGGCCAGUACAAAUUUCAUGCAGUCGUGGGCAAUUCCAUGCUCAUGUUUUAUUACUUACUGAACAAGGUUGUAUAUAUGCGAUGGGUUCAAAUUAUAAAGCUAAAUUAGGCAUCGAGGCAGAUCAAUUGUUUACUGGUGAAUGGACAUUGAUUGAACUAACACGUACAUGUCCAUUUAAAAUGAUCGCUACUGGAGGUAUUCAUUCAAGUGCUUUGUCAGCUGAUGGACGUGUUUUUACUUGGGGAUGUGGAUCUGACGGUCGUUUAGGACACGCCGAAGCUCAAGGUCAUCGAUAUUUGUACAAAGAACAUGAACCAAGACCAAUUGAUCUUUUAAAUAAUAAACAAGUCAAAUAUGUUUCUUCGUCAUAUUAUCAUAUGGCAGCAAUUGUCGUUCAAUAG